AUGGCCGUCUACGACUACGUCAGCGGCACGAUCGACUCGGCGCGUCGCCAGGCCGACCGCGUCGUGAGCCCGACCGACCGACAGAAGGCCUACGACAGCGUCCUGAGCUUUGCCCAGGAGCAGCCACUCUUAUUUUCCUUCGUCGUCGCCCAGCUGCUGCUCUCCCUCGUCCCGGUCCUCCUCUUCGCCUCCUUCGUGCUCGGCACCAUCGCCCUCGCCCUCUUCACCGCCGUCAUAUUCUCCCUCUUCUGGAUCGGCGUGGCCAGCAUAGUCCUCGGGUCCACCCUCUUCGUCACCUUCGGACUCGCCGCCCUGGGUUGGCUGUGGUUCGUCGGCACGUACCUUGCAGCCAACUUCGUCUACGGUCUCGUUGCCGGCAGCAGCGACAAGGUGGACCAUGCUGCCAGGUCGAAGAUGGAGGAGAAGUGGGCAAGCAUCAACAAGAAUGAGACGGCAACAGACGAUGGCGAGACGAGUGUUGUUCAACAAGACAACGAUGUGGUCAAGCGCGAGGAGGCUUCGCGUCUCAUGGAUGCGACCGAUUUUGCUCCAAGGGGCUAG